GCACCCCAUGGUGGCCUCGCGAGAGUACGGUGGCGGAAGUUGUUCUGCGGCGCUCCCCUGCUGAGGGCGAAGAAGCCGCUGAGGCGGGGCCGCGGAGAGGAAAGGAAGGGAGGAAGGAAGGAGAGAGGGACGGGCGGAGGGGGCCGCUUGGAGCGGAACCCCAGCUGACUUACGGCUGCCUUGGCCCUCGCAGUCUCCCGUCUGUGCCCAGGAGCGAGCCAGGAGUCCCUCAGGAAGGGCGCACGAAGCCUGCCGGGAGGUCCUGGAGGAGGAGAAGAAGGAGGCGGCUUCGGCGAGAGCCCCGUUCCCACCCGCCCGCCAGAGCAGCACAAAGGCGGGCCGAGCAUGGAAGCCGUCGCCAAGUACGAUUUCAAAGCCACCGCAGAUGACGAGCUCAGUUUCAAACGCGGGGAUAUUCUGAAGGUUUUGAAUGAAGAAUGUGAUCAAAACUGGUACAAAGCAGAACUGAAUGGCAAAGAUGGCUUCAUUCCCAAAAAUUAUAUUGAAAUGAAACCACAUCCGUGGUUUUUUGGGAAGAUCCCUCGAGCAAAAGCUGAGGAGAUGUUGGGCAAACAAAGACAUGAUGGUGCCUUCCUCAUCAGAGAGAGUGAGAGUGCCCCUGGAGACUUUUCUCUUUCUGUCAAAUUUGGAAACGAUGUGCAGCAUUUUAAGGUGCUUCGAGACGGAGCUGGCAAGUACUUUCUUUGGGUGGUAAAGUUCAAUUCUCUAAAUGAGUUGGUAGACUAUCACAGAUCAACCUCUGUCUCCAGAAAUCAACAGAUAUUCCUUCGGGACAUUGAGCAGGUGCCUCAGCAACCCACAUACGUUCAGGCUCUUUUUGAUUUCGACCCUCAGGAGGAAGGUGAGCUGGGCUUCCGUCGUGGAGACUUUAUCCAGGUCCUUGACAAUUCUGACCCCAACUGGUGGAAGGGAGCCUGCCACGGACAAACAGGCAUGUUUCCACGCAACUACGUGACCCCGGUGAACCGGAACAUCUAGAGCAAAUUAUUAAAGAUUAUUUAAGGAAACAAGAAAAACCGUAAAGUCCACAUUCAGAAUCUAACAGCAGCCAGUGAUCUCCAGUCAUCAGGCCAUAAAAUCUGAGUCACUCUCCCUGCAAGGAGGGAAAUACUUUUUCACUCAGAAUGGAACUGUGUAGGGAGGGACAGUAAAAGGGUCCAACUUGUGCGCCAAAACUUAACUUUUAAAUUAAAAUACAUAUUAGUAGAUUACCUUGGUUACUUCUAAGGGGCUAUAUUUUGUUCACUCAUCCUUUCUCCCAACACAGCAGUAAAUCACUGCAUGACCUCUUAAUGCUACAUGAAGUCCAUGCCAUGCCAUUAAAGAAAGACAAGGAAGCUCUGUGGAUUUUAAAUUCACGCAAAAACCUGUCUUUUUGAGGGGACUCGGGAGAACUAGAUCCAUAAGCCAGUUGAAAAACAACAUGCCAAUUCUGCUUUUGCCUUCAGGAUUUUUCUUUGGUAAGGUAGGGCCUUAUUUUUCCCCUUCCAUUUGAAAUUCCCACAUUUCCAGAGCAGAGGGUGGAUGGUUUUCCCCCCACAAGUUGCAGGACUGUUCUGAGAAACUUAUCCUUCAGCCAGUUCAUGUUCUCAUUAACCAUGUUAGCUUUUUUUUCGUUAAGCAUGAGGAUGAGCACAUUGUUGCAUUUUUCCAUUAGUGCCUUUCCCUCGUUUCCUUUUUUUCAUUAAAAGGACAGUCCAGAGCUUUCAGAUUUGUUCCUGCUUUUAUGUAAAUAUUUAAUGAUUGAAUGGGAGGGUUGUAGCUUUAUUAUUACAUGCAGAGACCUCCACAAAACAGAUGGAGCUUUAAAACAUGUAUGAGCAUCUGAUACUCUUUAUUAUCAAGCGGGAAAGGCAUACAAUUUUCUAUAAGAGGUAAGGCCAGAAUUUGAAGCCAGGAACCUUUGAGUGGGAAGAGAAGAUUGCACCACUAUUAAAAAUACGGCAUAUUGUUUGAAGCUGCCAUGUUGUAGAAACUGAACAGUCUGGAACGUCUUGUGAAAUCUAUAGUUUUUAUAUUGCCAGGAGGCUUCAAUGCAUUGUGCUUAACUAUACUUAGCAUCUUACAGAAUGUGUGAACAUGAUGCUUAUUGAUAAACUGUUCUCUUGUACAUCUGGCUCACUAUUGCAAUCCAUGACUGGUUCUCACAAAAAGGAAAUUGCUGUCUCUGUGUUUUGGUGGUUCCUUCUCCCUUCAUGCCAGCAUUACUGUAGUUGGAAGAGCCAUGUUUCUUAACCCUAGUUCACAGCAGGCUGUGUGAGGGAUUGUAUUUCAGCCUAAUGUCCACUGAUGAAAAUCACCCGAUGCCAUUCUCAUGGUGUUAUGAAUGGAUUUGGACUUGAGACAGGAAAGAGCAACCUCCCGAGCUCUUGUGCCAAUACCUUAUUUCCUUUUGCUGAGCCACCUGGUUGAAACUUCAUCCCAAUAGCAGAUCCCAAAGCCACCACAGAGGUCUCCUGUUCUGUCCUGAUGGAGAAAUCCCUGUGUUGGCGGGUGCCUUUUUAUAAUAAGUGUUACAAGUGUGUUAUUCCUGAGACGAACUCUGCCUUACAUUUCCAUUUCUCCCAGCAAAUGAAAGAAAAAAUUGCCCUGUAGUAUGUUGAUUUCUCAACCUUUCCUUCCUAGUUGUCUUUUCUCUCCCCCACUGUCCCUCUUUCUUUCUAAAAUGAUUGGAAAAGAAAUUAUGGCAUUCUACACUUGGACCAUUUGAUUGUUUUCUUAUUUUGGAAUUGGUGUAUAUCAUACAGCCUUGCAGACAUUAUGUCUUGUGUGUAUAUAUAUAUAUUAAAAUUCAGUGUUUAAAUAAAAACAGGCCUAUGUACGUAAUCCUUUAACUCAGCAGCAGCAUUUGGUAGAUAGUAAUUAACUGUGAAUAAUAAAUAUACAAUGAAUUCUCCACUUGAA